AUGGGUGGAGGAGUGAUGAGCAAAAUUCUGCAAUGGGAACAUACCGUAAUCAACGAUGGGGUUUUCCCGGAGCCCCACGUGUUACAACUUCGCCAGAGGCAGCGUAUUCGUAUUGCAGCAAGGCAGCCCAUCCAUUAUUAUCGACAUCUAGACCACGCUCGCUGUGCACCGACUAUAGCAGCUGCAAAUUUACGAAUUAAAAGAGCCAUUGUAUGGAGAAAAUGUUUGUGUUGUGCUUGGCAAAUUGGAUUGUGGUCAUUCUCUGUGAAGAGCUCUAGAAGCUUGGAUCGUUUAAAAGCUUUCAACUUUGAUUUGUUGGCCUCUCGUAGGAUUUUGUCCAAAGAAUACAAGACAUCGUUUUUUAGCUCAGAUAACGCUUUAGGUUUUAUGUAUGAAUCCCCAGCAGCAAUAUGUGAAGGUCAGAAAAGGCCGAAUUCUGCAGUGUGGAAUUUUAUCCUAAGAAUACAAGACAUCGUUUAG